UCAAUAAUCCAGAGUACGUAUCAUACUUAAUUCCCAAAGUGUAAUUGUGUCAGUUGUUGUACUUGGCAGCCAAUAAGUUGGUUACAAGUGCUUUGUGUGCACAUGAAGUCCAAACUCCAGUGAGUUUAACCGUACGAUAAACUGUCAAAACAGCUCAAUCACAGUUUUGGUUCAACCCCCACAAACAUUAUCUCAGCAUAAAAUACAAUGUGAGAACAUAUUUGGCAUCUAUAUAUUAGAAAAGAAACUGGUUUGCGAUGCACAUUUUGUGUCUUAACACCCAUACUAAAUGUAAGAAGCAAAUCAUAUGCCAGACCACAUCAGAAAAACAGUGUGGGUGACAACCUUGCUAAAUUUCCUCUGUACUGGCUGUUGGACCACUUCCGAUGUGUCAGGCUCAUUUAAGCUGUUAAGCUCAAUCUAAAACCUUUUGCUGAGAGGCAGAGUUUGUGAUCUGUGUUUUUUAUGAGCAGUAAUGGUACAGCCAGGAUGCUUCAUGUUGGGUUUUAUUUCUGCGGGGACAGGAAUUUCUCCCAUAUGAAACAGAAAGGCUUCAUUUUCAUCUUUUUACUUGUUUGGAACUUCUCUACUUUCUCAGGAAACAUGACUGUUAAUUUAAAUGAGCAACGUGAUAUUUUGCGAGUCGCAACACAACUUAAUUUUUCGCUGGGAUGUCGAGCUGUGAUACCGUGUCAGCAUUACAUCCAUCGAUCAGACUCUUUCAAAUGGUUUUACAAGAAGGACCAUAGCAGUAAGCAGGUUCAGUUAUUCUUCCAAGAUAAGAGGGGAAUGCAAUAUCAACAAAUAUCCAAUCCCAAAUUGAGAAUUGGAUCCAAUCAUUCCUUGGUCAUCAGCUCUUUUACCGAGGAGGAUGAAGGUGUGUACUGGUGUGAAACUUGCCAAGAAACAUGCCAAAAGUCCACUGACAUCAUAGUGAAGAAAGAGACGUGGAAAGACGUCAAUGAGACAGUUUACAUUGUUGCUGGCAGCAGUUUUCAGCACACAUGUUCAAGUAAACUUGAUAAAAUAAAUUUUUGGACUUUUGAAGCAACGACUGCUGUUGGGAAAUCAGAAGUAAGAGCAACAACAGACAAUUUGACUUUCAACAAGUCUAUAUAUAUUGGAAAUGUCAGAAGAGAAGAUGCUGGGAAAUAUACCUGCUGGAUGAGUAGCUGUGUCGGACACAGUAUUAAGCGAGUCACUAUCAAUUUGUGUGUAGUUACAGUAUAUGACAGUAAGGAUUCAUCUGCAUCUUGCGCUGUGACGUGCGGCAUGAAAUCAAAUAAUCCAAACAGAACUUCAACUACAUCUGUGCCUGUACAUCCACACGGGUCCCUAAAGUGCAAUAUAGAUUCAGUGUUUGAUGGAUACACUACAGUUGCUACCACUCACACAUCAUCAUUUAGCACAAGAACAGGUUUUCAAAAAGAGCCUGAAGACUGGAUCCCACUUAUUUGUGGUAUAUCAGUAUCAUGUGUCAUUUUAAUGGCACUUACAAUUUUUUGCUUCAAAUCAAGAUUACAUUCAGCAUUUCCUGUUCAAAUUUGUUGCUGUGGCUUGAAUAGCAGGGUGGAAGAAGAGUCUUCAGUGGUUUAUUCAUCAAUUAUCAUCAGGACACCGGGCAAAAGAAUUAAUCACAUGACCUCUAGUGAUUGUGUUUAUUGUGAAAUAAAAUACAGAGGACACCGACGCAAGGGGAGCUGUGGCGGUGGUCGCAUCAUGGAUUCGGGUGCAGAACGCAAGCCGGGCUGGGAAGUGAUGGGCCAGCGGAAGGACAAGAAGAUGGGUGGCUCUUUCUUGUCUGCUGAAGACGGGGCUGGCGUGGACUCUGCUCUAAAGGAGGAAUUCCUGGCCUGCUGA